AUGGCGGCGAUCCUGUGUCGCGCUGUAGAAAACAACACAGCGGUGCAAGAUGCUGUCCAGCAAGUGACAACGGACAGUCUCAAGUGCCUCGCACGCAACACUCGACGCAGCUACGAGCCCGAGCAACGGGGAUUCAAGUUGCCAACGCUACGAACGCGUGGUCACGCGACAGGUGAAGAUUACGAUGCAAACGAGACAAAGCGGUGUUACUCCGACCUCUUGUCCGGUUCGCCUAUGACCAAGAAGUCACUCAAGUCAGGUGGUCCGUAUUGGUAA